AUGAAAAAACUUGACCCUGCGCUAUACACUAUAGCAUGGAUAGCGCCUUUGGAGAUCGAGGCUCAGGCAGCUCUUCAUAUGCUUGAUAAUCGCCACGAUGGGAGAUUCCCUGUCAAUCGAGGCGAUGACUAUAUUUUCUCGGCGGGUGACAUCAACGGCCAUAACGUAAUCAUCGCAACCUUGCCUACCGGCCAAGAAUAUGGAACCGGUUCAGCCGCUGCUCUUGCUAGCCAAAUCAAGAUGUUCUUCGUUAACCUCUGGUGCGGUCUCCUUGUUGGGGUCGCGGCAGGUCUUCCAGAUCUACGAAAGACACCGCCAAUCGAUAUACGGCUUGGCGAUGUGCUUGUUGGGCUAUCAGGAGGGGAAAGUGCUGGUUUAGUCGCGUAUGACUUGGGGAAAGAGACAUCUGAGGGGUUUCAGCUUCUGAGAUCUGGCCGGGUCCUGGCGAAUACAGAAACGGUCAUCAGAUCGGCUAUUGGCAACAUCAAGAUUAAGGCGCCGGAUGACACCGAUACCUUCCUCCCGUUUUAUGACAGUGUCAAAGAUAAAGAACACUCAAAAGGGACAUUCGAAGAUCCUGGCCAGGAAAAGGAUAUCUUCUACGACAUCGGUGAUGACGGUGUUGAUAGUCCCGUACAAAGGUUGCAUCGUCCUACCGACAGGCGAACUCGCGUAUGGUAUGGAUCCAUCGGAUCUGGAGACAAGUUGACGAAAAAUACCCGCAGGCGCAAUGAGAUAAGGGAUCGCUAUGGGGUGAUCGGCUUGGAGAUGGAAGCUGCAGGGACCAUGAAUCGCAUACCUGUUGGCGUGAUCAGAGGCGUUUGCGACUAUGCUGAUGAGCACAAGAAUAAGGAAUGGCAGCCCUACGCUGCUGCCAUGGCCGCAGCGUAUGCGAAAGCUGUGAUUUAUGAAUUAGGCCCGGGUAAAGUGAUUCCGAGCUCCAGUAUGACGAAUGAGGCAAAACAUGUCUUUUGCGGCACUAUCUUAUGUGACCUUCCACCGACCACCGACCGUUUCUUCGGACGGGAGUCUGAACUGUUGGAGAUGGCCGAAUACCUCGAGGCCAUAGACCAGCGGAGAGGCGUGGUCCUAUGCGGUAUAUCUGGGUCUGGCAAGACACAAUUGGUUCGCGAGUAUGUGGCACAGCGAAGUGGAAAUUUCUCUGCGAUCUUAUGGGUUGAUGCAUCCUCAGAGGAAAGCAUAGAAGAGUCUUUUUCAGACUGCUCAAGCCGAAUUUGCCAACACAACCCUGAAUACCGAGUGGGGAGAGAAAGCACUCCACCACGUCAACUUGUUCUAGAAUGGCUUCGGACAACGCCGGACAAGAACUGGUUGACUGUGAUCGAUAACGCUAAUGGUCCUAUCCCACACAAACGACUGUUGGGGCCGUUCAUGGAUAUGAAUCAAGGUUCUUUAUGUGUUAUUUCGACAAAUCAAGUUACGGCAAGAGCUGUGCGGCUCAAACAAGUCCUUGUUGAGCAUCUUGAUGCCAGCGCGUCUCAGUUGCUUCUCCUGUGGAGAGCUUAUGAGAAUGACACGGAAUAUGAAGUAGAUGGCAAGUUUAAAGUUUCUAAUUUAAUCCUUCUUGGUGGAUUCCCUCUGGCUCUUGAGCUCGCGGGUGUUCUCCAUCAACGAGGGAUCACAACCCUUAGCGAAUUUGCCGAGACCUUCACCAGUGACUACCCAGAGCUUGCCCAGUAUGAGCUUGACUCGGGAGUCUGGGUUUGGACCAGAGAUGGAGCAAACGAAUCUCUUUUUAGCAUGCUUGAUUCGCUUUAUGCAUCAGUCUCGAUGAAGAGCAAAGAGUCAGCUCUUCUGGUAUCACUUUGCUCGAUAUAUGGAACUUCCGCGAUUCCCAUCUCAAUCUUAUACAACCUGGAGAUGAUCGACAUGGAAGAUACUGAAAAUCAGGACCGCUGGAAGCAGCUGAAGGCUCUGACCCAGAGCAAGAUUAAACUCAACAAGGCUAUCGACGAGCUAAGCAAAAUCUUCCUUGCAACCAAGAAGCAAGCAAAGGACCAUACUCUGUUGUCAUUCUCCCUCCAUACUUCUAUCUGCCAGUGGAGACUUGCCACCAUGGAAGACCGAGAUAUCUGGAUCAUACAAGCAACUUACAGCCUAUCGAAACAUAUUAUAUCAUUGCAUGACAAAUGCCACGUUUUCAGGUUCUUCAACUUAUUCAAUCGAUGUCUGGAUCUAUUAUGGAAACACAUGGAUGCACACCAUAUCGACAUAUAUGGGAGGUUUGCAAAGGCAUAUUUUACAAUAUGCUUGUGUGGUGCCGAUGUUUACCUUGCAAUGAGAAAGUUUGAAAUUUCGAAAACACUUUUUACUUCGGCAAUCGACUACAUUCGGUCCUCAGGCCCCGGUGAUCCAGAUGAGAGUAUCCUUCUACGGCUUCUUGUUGGCUUGGCACGAUCUUGUGAGAAUAUCAGAGAGUUUGAAAUGGCCGAAGAGGCUUUAUUAUCUGCUGUUUCUAUCUCGGAGCGCUUGAAUGGUCACAUGGAUGACCAGACAGCUAACUUGGUUUCACGACUCAAGACAGUGAGAGAUCAUAUGUUGAACGAGCUGGAAAAUCGCAAACGGGCUUUAGUAGCUAGCACAGGGCCUAAACUUGCGGAAGCAAUGACUUCUAACUCGGACUCCCCCUUGGAGGUUAAGAACGAGGAACUUGGUACAAGGGAUGACCUUAUCCCUAUUGCCAGCCCUUCUUCCACGACAACGGCGACUUGGCCAAAGCUGGCUUGGGAACUUCGCUUUAACCAGACUCUUUUCGUCUUUAGCUUGCAAGACAACGGCGGUAACGACCCGCCAAUUUUGCUGGAUGCUUUUCCAAAGACGAUUCAGGGGAGGCUGAACAUCGUGACGUACGAAGACGUUGAAAUUGAGGAGAUCAGACUUACAAUAUCUACUUUUGGAUGGGCCCCAAAGAAAUCGAAAGUGCUGAGAAGUCGACGACCACGAUAUUGUCAAAACAAGUGGAGGCUUCAACUCUGCGAUGCUACCACAUCUCAUACAGACUUUGGAGCCUACUGCACUUUUUCACUGGACAAUGAGAACUAUCAAGAAGGUGCCAGGAAACCUGAGGAUAAUGGUCCCUCCGUAAAAGAUCAUGUUACUUUCCCACCAGGUUGCUACAGCUACUCAUUCGAAUUGACUGAUUGUCUCCCCAUCCAUUCUGAGAAAACUAUCUAUGGCGACAUGGGUUGGGAAAUAGAUGCUGAAAUGGAUCUCCCUAGCGAUCGUGGCCUUUCGAUAGGAAAAAGACUACCGUCUGUUCGAAUUCCGCAUCCGCUAAUGACGAGAAAAGCUGCCAACACUCAAUUAUCUAGACAGCAGAAUGACGGGAUUUCUUUCUGUGUGAAUUUGCCGUAUGAAGCUUCCGUAAUUGGCGGCAAGCUUCCUAUCACAGUCACUCUCGGCCCCGUUAACAAUGGUCUUCGAGCUGACUACUUGACUUACUCCAUUGUACAAAGAUGCAAACGGUGGAAAAAGGAUCGCGAAAAUGAAAAAACAGAUGAACGAAAGUUUGUGCUUUUGGAAAGAUUCACACUUGAGGAGUCGACCGCGGCGCGAGAUAAGACGGAUGGGGAAGAUACAAGGUCCUCCUGUGAUAGUGAUGCAUCCCUCAAAUCGUUGUUCGAGGAAAGGCACCUACCGAGUCUAGAUCUUGAAGAGCCAAUUUCUAUCUCUGAUGAUCUCAUGUUGCCAACUUGCAAGCAGAUAGACGCUGGAAGAAGGGUGGGCCAGGAACCUUUGAAGAUAUCGUCUAAAACUCCAUUUGAGGCAAUAGAGCACUUCAUUGAGGUCACAGUGGGCGGAUCACGUCCUGAUUCAAAAAGUUCAGGAUCGCGUAUUCAACUGGAAACGACUGAAGAGAUUCCUAUAAUGAUCCUUGAUUGUAUACUCACGCGCUGGAGUGACCUCCCAACACACAUUGCAGCUUAUGAGCCGUCGGUCACAAGCAACAAAGAAACAUUCUGCGGUUGCGCGGACGCAGAGAGUCCCAAAGCAGAGUUUUCUGAUCAGCCUCUCGACCCAACCCUCUUCAAAGAAACAUGUGUCUACACAAGGGAGGUAUAUGAAGUAAGUGAAGAUGACGCUCGACGAGAGAAUGCGAGGCUUGAGCAACUAUGGAAUCGGCCGAUUCAGAGUCCAAGCAAGCCUAAUGAUUGGGAAUUUGGCCAUAAUACAUCAAGCAGCCCAAGCACAUCGAGCAGCUCGAGCACAUCAGAGGGCUCAUUAGAUACACAGGAUUGGGAACUAGAUAGGGCUGUGAGCCCCUCACAGAACUCUGGUUCUACUAUCUACACUCAGGGCUCACCGCCACCUUACAGUGAUUAG